AUGCUCCUCAGCCAGCUGGCCACUCUCCUGAGCCUGCUCAGUGGGGCCCAGCUACCCACAGGCUCUGGGAGGCCUGGACCCCAGGAUCCCUCACCCCAGCCCUGGGCUGCUGCCAAUCAGUCCUGGGCUCUAGGCCAAGGGGCCCCAGCCUCCCUCUUGCCAUCCUCCUCUAUUGGCACCUGGAAGACUUUCUUGGGCUUGCAGAAGACCAGGAGGCUGGGGACAGGUGCCCUGCAGCAUGGGCAGGAGGUGGCUGCUACCAUGUCUCUGCCACUGGACCCACAGGAAGUGGCCCUGGAGAUGUGCAAAGCUGUGCCCUUCAUUCAGGUGUUCUCCCAGCGCGGAUGCACGGCCGUCCACCUCCAAAAUCACCUCUGCUUUGGCCACUGUUCCUCCCUCUACGUCCCCGGCUUGGGCCCGGCCCCACUCGUCCUCUGCAACAGCUGUGCGCCUGCUCGCAAGCGCCGGGUGCCCGUGGUCCUGUGGUGUUGGGCGGGCAGCCCAGUCUCCCGACGGCGGGUGAAGAUGUCCACUGUGCUGGUUGAGGAGUGUCACUGUAGCCCAAAGGUGUGA